GGGCAACGCUUACGAUUAACUCUGUAUUCUACAUUUAAAACUACUUGUAAAUACAUUCGACGAAAUCAAUUUGUCUCGUCGUUCCUUUGAUCGACCAACGCGUCUCACCGUCCACCGCGUUGCGUUUUAUUCUGAUCCUCGAUUGAUAAUAAACGUAACAAAAAAGAACACAGCGCAAAAAUGUUUCUAGAGGAAGAGAUCUUUAAACGAAUGGUUAUGGAAUACAUACGGCGUACAUAUGAUUAUGGCAUCGAAAUCGGUGAGAUGUUUCCUACUUUGUAUAACCACUGGAGAUCAAGCAUUUUCAAGCUACACGCAUCUCGUCGUUGAAUACAUCUAUCGUUCGCUUCCUACAGCUACUCGUAAAUAUAUUUCCAUGUUUACUAUGGAAACCUUUUAUAAAUAUAUUGUCCGUGUUAUACGAAACUCUUCUAAGAUAUUGCGCUGGCCUUAAACGUAUGUAUAACGAAUACCACGAAAUACGAAAUGGUCUCGAUAAAUUUCGGAAUAACAAAUAUAUAUAAGAUUUCUAUGAAAAUUAUGGAAUCGGUUUUUUCCACGAUUUACCAGUGUUAAGAAUCAUCUCAGACACAGAGAAUGCCAGAGAAUGAGUUUUCAAUGGGAAACAAAUACAUUGCUAUGUAUAUCACUGGAGAGUACCGAAGAAACUAGAGAAACGGAAGGAAGAAGAGUGGCGACAAACCGGAGAAGCUGUAUGCACGUCGGAACUGGUUCCGCGGACCGAUGGAUCGUGGAAGCAACCAGAGAAACAUGUUAGAAGGGCGAAUAGCGAGCGGGGCGUAUUAACGCGAUUCCUGCGAGCGUAAGCCGGCGAUUCGCAUUCUCGUUCGCGCGAUGUCCUCGAGCUGGUGCCGCGAGUGAACUCCUCGAGCUGGUGCACGAAUAAGUUUUCCGACUCGACCAUUCGAUCGAUACGCGAUUAUCCGGAUCGAAAAUCGUUUCAAGAAGAAUUUACUCUCGAAGAUCGUUUCAGAGACGUUUGAGUGAAAUUCCUGCGGCGAGCUCGCGAUAUCUGGCAAAUAUCCGACGACGAUAAUAUUCGAGUUUGCUUUCGACGAAGAGGCAAUCAGCGAUCCAUGGUUCCUUUGAGAUUCUUGUUCCUCGUGACGAGCAAAAUACGUUGCAAUAAAAAGAACUUUUCUUUACGAAUCUCCGCCGAUUCACAUAUAUAGAAUCACGCUGCGAUCGUUUUUCGACUUAUUUUUUACGAAAUAACGAGCAGCGGUUAAAACCUACUACGGAAGAUUACUCGGAUACAAGAAAAAAUAUGAUAGAAGAUCAACAAAAAGGGAUUGCGAGAUAGCGAAGCGAAUUAUCCACCAGAUUGCAGUUGGAUGAUAAGCUAAACUCUACGAAACUUCCGCUGAUAAUUGUACUCUUGUCGUGUGUUAUAAUAUAUUACCACAGAAUCCACUUCCUUCUUCCAUUAUUACUGGCGGAGUCAAUGAGCUUAGGGAGAUUUAAAAUUGUAAUCUCACAAUUAUCCAAGAUUAUAAAAUAUUACUUUAUAGUGAAUUAAAGUCCAUGAUCUCAUCGAAAUUUUCAUUUUUGAAGUUUGUUUGUAUUUGAAAGAACUGAAGAGUACAAAUAUUUGACGCUCGCACCUAAAAGUUUGCGAAGAUCGACGAAUAUUUUCGAGAAGCGUGACAUAUGAAAUACGAAAUACCGUUGAGGUCGAACAGCUGGUUGAACUGAAUUACACUUUCGUUAAAAUUAUCUCUUUUCCACGAACGAAUCGAAGAAACUGGAAAGUAUAGUUGUGAAAAUUCACCGCUGAGAGUGGCAAGAAUCGAUGCGUUCCUUGGAAACAAACGGAUAACCUCGUUUUACAAGAUCGUUAUAAAAUUAUUCGAAGAUCGACCGACGAAAAGCGGGUAGAUAACGCGUGAUAUGUGUGACCUCUUCCUUUGACCGAAGAAGAGAGACCGGGAGAGAAGAGGCAUAGGAGUUCCGCGGCAAAACACGAUCGUUUCUCAGUCGAUCCGACAAAUCAUUAGGUCAACAUGUGUCAGCGAGUGAUAUUGUUGAGUUUACCAAAAGCUGACUCGAUCGAUAUCCAGUUUACUAAUCUCACCUACGAAGUGAGGGAUAGCUAUUUCGGUUCGUUGAAGAAGAUUCUGAAAGGGGUUAGUGGAACCUUCAAGUCCGGAGAACUGUCGGCCAUAAUGGGACUGUCUGGUGCUGGAAAAUCAACUUUGUUGAACAUCCUGACGGGAUUUCAGAGAGGCAAGUGGACAGGAGAGAUCAACUACAUCGGGAAUCAGGGAAAACAAAGUUGGAAAGAAUACAAGAAGCAGUCGUGUUACAUUCAACAGGACGAUCAUUUGCAGCCAUUGUUCACCGUGUGGGAGACCAUGUGGAUGGCAAGUAAUUUAAAAAUCGGUAACAGUCUGAGCCUAAAGGCUAAGGAAAUGCUGAUCGACGAGAUGUUGGAUAAUUUGGAUCUGAGCAGAACGAAGGAAACUAGAUGCAAUCGAUUGAGCGGCGGACAAAAGAAGAGGCUCAGCAUCGCGUUAGAGUUGCUGGACAAUCCACCAGUGAUGUUCCUCGACGAACCAACAACCGGCCUUGACUCUUUGUCUUCUCAUCAGUGCAUCAGAUUGUUGCAUAACCUGGCCAAGGCCGGUAGAACUAUCAUCUGCACGAUUCAUCAACCUAGCGCGGCCACCUACGAGAUGUUCGACACCGUCUAUCUUCUAGCCGAUGGUAAAUGUAUGUACGAAGGAGCUACGAAGAACACGGUCGCGUAUUUUUCCAGUAUUGGACUUCACUGUCCCGUGUAUCACAACCCAGCUGACUAUAUGAUCGAAAUAAUAAGCAAGGAAUACGGAGAUUUCAACGAUCAGUUGGCACAUCUAGCCAGCAAUAAGGAGAAGUCGUGGCGAUCGAACACCUCGCAGAUCCAAAGUACAGAAGUUAACGAUAGUACGAGCGUGACAAAAACCAGCGUACUGAUCCAACCACCGUCGGAAUUCGACAAGUUCUUCGUGUUGAUACGACGGUUUAUGAUCCAAUUGUUCAGAGACUGGACGGUCACCUACCUAAAGAUAUUCGCUCAUUUCGCAGUAGGCGUGUUGCUAGGUCUCUUGUACAUGGAUGCUGGCCAUGACGGAAGCAAGACUCUUAGCAACGUUGGAUUUUUCAUGGUCAGUUGUAUAUAUCUGAGCUACACGAGCAUGAUGCCAGCGGUGUUCAAGUUUCCCUCGGAGAUGAUGACGUUGAAAAAGGAAAGAUUCAAUAACUGGUACCGGCUAAGAACGUAUUUCGUGGCCUCGUUUAUAUGCAACUUGCCUGUACAGAUAUUGUACGCCUUCGUCUACAGUGGUACUUCUUAUUUCCUGAGUGGACAACCUUCGGACGUCAACAGGUUUCUUAUGUAUUUAAUGGUGACCAUUAUGAUUACGCUAGUGUCGGAUAGCGUUGGUGUUUUGAUAGGCAUUCUAACGAAUCCUAUAAAUGGAACGUUCGUAGGUGCCAUUACACUUUGUGCUAUGUUAAGCCUGUCGGGCUUCCUGGUUCAUUUCAGCCAUAUGCCACGUAUUUUGUUCUAUAGUAGCUACCUAAGCUACAUCAAAUAUGGGGUGCACGCGUUCGUUCACGCGAUCUACGGUUUCAAUCGUGAGAAGCUAUCCUGUCCGAAAAUCUACUGCCACUAUAACAUGCCUAGCACGUUGAUGACAGACCUGUCAAUGACGGACGGCAAGUAUUGGCUCGAUAUCUUCCUGUUGUUCUGCGGCUGCUUCCUCUGCAGAAUCGUCGUCUAUCUUUCUCUCAAGAGGAAACUCGCCAGAGCAUGAAAAGAUGUCUAAUUUCUAUCCAUGAUUAAUUUAAACUUCGAUUCCAUUUGAGAAUAUAUCUGAACGUCGACUACCGUGUGUGUAUUAACGAUUCGGCAUUGGAAAUUUUAUGAGAAUAUCGCAAGUGUAUUUUGUGACAUGCGAUUCGAGACAAUGGUGUCGAGUGAUCGUGCGAAUAGGAACGAAUGUAUUCGAACAAUAUCUUUUCGAGUUUCUUUUCUCGAUUAAAAUAUUACUUGGACGAUGCAUGUAAUAUCUAUUUACACAACGACGUUUAUUUUAUAUUAAAAGUGUACGAGUGAUUGGUUUUUUCUUGCAUAUCCCUUUCAUACUAAGAUCGUUUAGUUAUUUCAUGACGUACACACAAAGGUCGAAAGUUAAUAGAAUUCUGAUCAGUAGAAAUCAUUAAGUCUCUUUACCAACGAGACAAUGACGGAUAAACACAUAACAUUUAAGCGGUAAGUGAAUUGUGCACGUUCAUCGGAAGUUCAAUGAUGAGAAAAAAAAAAAAAAAGAAAAAGAAAGAAAGGUCAUUAGAACUCAGACUUUCUGAAAACGUUGAAGAUCUGUAUUACAAACCUCUGCAGGUUGUCGACAUUUGUACAGCUUUAUAGCUGGAUGGUUAAUCGUAUGUUUGGACGAGUAUACUAUCGUAUACUAUACUAGUCCGAAUAAAAGUAUGUCUUAACAGUUAAAUGUAUCUACAUUAUACAUAUAUAUGUUCUCGUAUCUAUGCAAAAACAGGCGAGUGAUUGAUUAUUCAAGUAGAAACGAAAUAUAAAACGAAUAAAAUGACAAAAAAGAAACUAGCAAGUAUAUAAUGGUUUGUGUGUCGUCUAAUACUGGGAGUGUGUAUAAUGUACAAACGAAAGCUCGAAUGAGAAAGAAAAAAAAUAUGUCAAGCGAUGAAAGAAAAAGAUCAGCGUAAAGGUUAAAAAAAAAAAAAAGAAAAAAAAAGAAAAAAUGAAAAUAAAACAAAAAAUAACGAAGAAGCCGCAAUCAGGCAACACCUUGAUUAUGGAAAAAAUGGCACAUUUAUUAUAUUAUUAGUGAUAAUAAUAAUUACUAGUGAUAAUUAUACAUUUUUUUUCUUUCUCAAACGAAAUACUCUCGAUACACACUCUUUCUUUUUCUAAUUCACACACACGCAUACUCUCUUUUUCGCUCUCUUUCUUUCUUUUCUUUCUUCCACAUUCUCCCUCUCUCCCUCUCUCUCUUUCUUUCAAUAUAUGCAUAAUAUUCAACUCGUGCUUCAUCGAUGUUAAUAGAGACGCGCUUGAUUUUUGUUAACAAUCGCAUGCAUGUCGGAAAAGUAGUUUAUCCUCCUAAGGCCCGGUGGUGUGUCACGCGAACUAGCCACGCCAGACCUGCGUACGUUUCUCCUUUAAUUACAUAUUAUACAAUAAUGUCCGUAAUAUCUAAUAUACACGUGUGAUUUCACUUGUCGACAAUCGUGUCUGUGGCAAAUAAGAGGAGUCAUCGACGUUUGAUCGCGCAAUUAUUACUAAUUAAUAACCCUACCCAGCUCUUCGUACGUCGUACUUCAGGAAAGAAACGCUUUCUUUUCUACUCUUUUCACCUUCCUUUUCUUUUCCCUGGUUUGCUUAAUACAACGAUCAAUACACGAUCGAUGGGGAACGAUUGCAUCGAUCCAAGUCGUUUCACCAAUUUCAAAGUUCGUACACGAGGAACUUUCAAAGUCGUGAUUACACGAUACUGAACUUCAAACGAUCGAUGCAAUUGUCUCGAUCGAUCAUUCGAUCAUAACAGAACGAGCUUGUGGACUUCGUUUGAUCGAAGAAGGGAAAGAAAGGCCAGAGAAAUAAAAACAAAUAUACACGAAGAAGUGAACUAAAGAGCAAUUUCGGGGAGAGUGUGAAACGCAAUCGAUACCACGACGAUCGAAAACCAGACGAAUUACGUUUGGCGCAGUUUUCUGCGCGAUGAGAGACCUUUCGACGAUCCUCGAUUUCUAUUGGAACCGUAUUGCGCACUCUCUUCGCCUUUUACCUUUUCAUUUCGACUAUCUAAGACUAUCAUCGACAGGUGUGCCUAGCUUAGACGAGCUUACGAGCUAUUUAUUGUCGUUAUUAUUUUACAUGAUUACCAUCGCGAAUAUAAGUGCGUGAUCGCAUCUGUUUAUGCGUGUUCUCGUGCCUAGUUUAUCUCCCAUGAAUCGCCGUUGAUCUCCUAUCGUAGUAUAAUGUACAUUUUGAUUCUCCUACGCAUCUCUGAUUUUAACUUUUCCACAUUUCUUUUUUGACUCCUGUUUGCUUCCCCUUUCUUUCUUCUGGAGAUAAUAUUCGCGGCGUGGCGCCAUUUGAAAUUUCAAUUAGAAGUUAAAGCGAGGUUGUGCGAGUUAUCUCGAUCUGGCUGGGCACGAUUCUCCGAUCAAGAACUUGUGCAUCUUCGUGCGACGUUACGAAUCGACAUUCAUCACGCUUUGUUUCGACGGUCCUGAUCCUACUUUAUUUUUAUUUAAUCACGGCAGUAGCUCUUCCUUUGUCGCUUUCAUUCGCGUGAUGGUACUUCGUUAAAAGAAGAAUGAAGAAAGUAACAAGAGAGAUGAGAAAGUACUAUCGUCUGCCAGAUUCAAGAGAACAGAUACGGGAGAUGGAUACUAAAGCAAAGAGAACGCGACGCGCGUAACAAAUUUUGCUCUAGGACCGUGCGAAA